AAGGAGGAAACGCUGUUGCUAGGUCGGCUGCUAACAAUAGUUUCUUCCAGAAUCCUAACAGAGGCUGGCAGGGACGCUUUACAAAGGUUUCUGUUGUAUGGAUUGUGUUCGCCCGCUUGGCUUCUUCCUGAAGCUGAAAUGCAGUAGCCUGAUCUCUUAAAAUCCAAUUAAUAUUUGAUCUUUUUUGCUGAUCCCCUAUAAUCUGAUAUUGGUGUGCUUAGCUCCAUUCGCCUUCAGGCUGAUCCUAACAUCUCCAUCCUAAAUGUACUUACUCCGAAGUUUAACACCAGCUUCAUCUACCUGUGAGAACAGCUUCUCCUCCUAGAAAGGUAAAGCAACUGGAUGGCUUCCAUUGUGAACCUGAAUCUGGAUAAAGAAACGUUGGAGGAGGACGGGAUGCCACCUGCAAAAAAACCUAGGAAACUGUUGCCGAGUCUAAAAACCAAAAAGCCCCAGGAGCUCGUUCUUGUGAUUGGGACAGGCAUAAGUGCUGCAGUGGCUCCUCAAGUGCCAGCCCUGAAGUCUUGGAAGGGAUUAAUCCAGGCCCUGCUGGAUGCUGCUAUUGACUUUGACCUUCUUGAAGAUGAGGAGCGAAAGAAGUUUCAGAAGUGCCUCCGCGAUGAUAAGAACCUCAUCCACGUUGCCCAUGACCUUAUCCAGAAGCUGUCGCCACGCACAAGCAAUGUCCGUUCUACAUUUUUCAAAGACUGUUUGUAUGAGGUCUUCGACAACUUGGAAUCCAAAAUGGAAGACACAGGGAAGCAGCUCCUUCAGUCUGUGCUUCACCUGAUGGAGAAUGGCGCUCUCGUCCUGACCACAAACUUUGACAACUUGCUGGAAAUUUAUGCAGCAGACCAGGGGAAGCUGCUUGAAUCUCUUGACCUUACAGACGAGAAGAAGGUGCUGGAGUGGGCACAGGAGAAAAGGAAGCUUAGUGUCCUACAUAUCCAUGGCGUGUACACAAACCCUAGUGGAAUAGUGCUCCAUCCAGCUGGCUACCAGAAUGUGCUGCGCAACACAGAGGUUAUGCGGGAGAUCCAGAAGCUGUAUGAAGCCAAGUCAUUCUUGUUCCUGGGCUGUGGCUGGACUGUGGACGAUACAACUUUCCAAGCCCUCUUCCUAGAAGCUGUGAAGCACAAAUCCGAUCUAGAGCAUUUCAUGCUUGUGCGCCGUGGGGACGUGGACGAAUUUAAGAAGCUCCGGGAGAACAUGCUGGACAAAGGAAUUAAAGUGAUCUCCUAUGGCAACGAAUAUGCAGACUUGCCUGAAUAUUUUGAGAGGCUGGCAAAUGAGAUCUCCAGCCGGGGUCGAGUAGAUCCACCUCGGGAGGGACAGCUAAAUGGCCUGCCUGCAGCACACACAGAAAUCAAAGGUAUGGAGCUUACUUAAUACUCAAAAGUCCUUAAGGCCAACUUUGGAAAGACAAGUCUUGCUAACCUGCAGCUGCCGAACACACUGAAAUUGCGCCUUCUCGUGCACAAUAAAAAGCUCAUGACUUCAGCAGGUAUCUUGCAGAAAGUGGAAGAUUCCUUAGUAAGAAUGUGGUAGGACACCUUCCCACUUCAGAACUGCAGCACGCAGUGUCCAAGGUUCAAGUCGUGGUAGCAGAUGCACAAAGAGAGAAGAGAGCAAUAGUGAUACCGAUAGCCUAUUAGUUCUGGAGUUGGUGUGGGCUAAUUCGAAAACUUGUCUUGUUUCUUAAGGUGGAAGGUUUUUGCUUUUUAAAGGGAGUUUCCACAUACCGCAACCCAACCCAGCAUGGGUAAGAUCUCUGUAAAACAUGGAAGUAGUUGGAAGCCUUGGUAGCUAAUUUUGUCAGAUUGCACCACAAAUGGGGGAACUUGUAGCCCUCCAGAUGUUGUUGGGAUUCCCAUGAAUCCCAGCCAGCAUAGCUAGUGGUCAGGAAUGAUGAGAGUCCAAUGAUAUUUGGAAAGGCAAAGGUUCCUCUUCCAGGGAUUAAACAGACCAGAUAAAAUCUCUAUGUAGUGAUAGUUAGCAAUAACGAUAGCAUCUAUGUAAGAACUUGUCGGUCAAGCAACAUUAUUCCAGAUUAGGAAAUCUUUGCCCUAUGAUAGACUCACUGGGCACGGGAACAAGAAGUGCAAGUGAAUUUUGUGCUUCCUGUUCUCUCAGCUUGUUUCAACAUUCCCCCCGCCCCGUAGUAGGGAUGUCAGAGAAUUCCAACAAAAACGGGAGUGGAAAUUGCCGGUGUUUGCAUAUUCGUUCCAUGCCUGGAACAGAAAUCAGUCCAGUGAAUAUGAUUGGUAUUUGCUGUAGCUUUCAGUCUGCAAAUGGUAGCACCCAUUUGCAUUGUGUUUUCUUUGCACUGAAAUGAAUGGGGUGGAAUAAUGUCAGUUAUGUAACUUUGCCACAGUGGACAGCAGGACAAGUAACAUAGUUCUUGGUGGAAGACAAACUGCAGCAGAAGGGAAACAGUACUGCACACGAUGACUACAAAGUGGAAUGGAAACGAAUACCUUCUUGCAUCCCUGCUCUGCAGGAAGGUGUCUAAGUCGCUUCUGCACCAAGAAUCCAUGUCUGAAACGCCAGUUAUAGUUUGGAUAUAAUCACUGAGCAUGCAGUGCAAGUAUUUCCACUUCUGCUGCUUUUUGUUCUCCCUGUGCCCGUUGCAAGGCUGAACACCCCCUCUGCAAAGCCCUGUUCAGGUGUUAUGCCUGAACAGGGAAUGUAAAGACUAGUGGGGAAUGGUAGGGGUGCACAUGCUGAGCCUGGCACCAACAUUCCCAGGACCACCAGCCCUGGUGUGCUCUAUCCCUAACUCCCCCAUGUUGAAUGGGAGGAUCUGCAGGGGCUUCUAAGUGCAAUACCGCUGAAUGCUCUUGGAAGCCUCUGUAUAAUCAUGAAUCUUGACAAUUGCACGGAGGCUUCUAAGCACCAUCAAAUGCACAUAAGAGCCCCCUUUUGGGCCUUCGCACUCAAUGCUGGAAGGUCAGGGUGGGGUACACGCCCUUUAGAUGUGCUUUGAAUAGCCUAAACCUAGUAUUGAAUGUGAGAAUGGAAGCCAUUCUGACUAUAAAGUGGUUAAUACAGAGGGGCAAUUAGCCUAAUAGCAAGUGAUCUUGAGUGUCUGCCUUUUCAACUUCUCUAAGAGAUGGUUUGUCAGCCAACCCUGACCCCCUUUUUAACCAGCUUUUUUCACGCUCUUUAGUUGACUAUGGGUUUUGUUAGGAUCUCUCCUAGCGCCUUCAGUUUCAGGCUAGUGCCCAAAACAGCUGCCCGGGUGACAUCGGAAGCUACAGAUUCCACGCAGGGUGCAGCAGGCAAGAGUACAAAGCACUCCCACCAUCAUUCAGGUUCUAAGAUUAUGCUAAUGAUUUCAAAGCAAGAUGCUGACAGCUGUCAGUAAGGCAUGCGACUAUCAAAUGUUGCUUGGGAAAAGAAAAAGCACUACUUUCACUGGAGUUGGUUCUUGGAAGUGCUCAUUUUUUUUUUUAGCUGCUGCCCCGUGAAACUAAAAACAUUUGGACUUGACAACUCAGCUUGGACCCUUCGGCUCUGGGCCUGAAGACCUGUCUAUCAAUGUGAUGUCUUUUUUUUUUUCUAAUUAAGGUUGUAUCUGCAGGGAAACCCAUCCUUUUUCCCACUGAGCAAGUUUGCUACUAGUGCUUUUGUAUUCUGUAAGGGUUUUGACUGAAACACAUUUCUUUUUUUAAAAAAAAGAUACUUGAAGCUCUAGUUUUCUAAGUCUUUUCUUUAUACACAGUGUUUUGUAUGUUUGGAGCUGUAAUAAAAAGAAUGGUCACUUG